UCCCCCCCCUCCCCCCCCCCCCCAAUUCCUCUUUUAACACCACACCAGUUCCAGCGACAUUUUUCUCUCAAUCGGAUAAAAGAACGCCACGGUCUUUUAUCAAAUGGCGCCGAGAGAUAAAACGGCGGCCGUCAACGGAAACGGAAGUUGUAAGGAGGUAUAUUUUAGAGGUGUAAGGAAGCGUCCGUGGGGCCGUUAUGCGGCGGAGAUCCGAGAUCCAGGGAAAAAGAGUCGUGUUUGGUUAGGAACUUUCGAUACGGCGGAGGAAGCGGCGAGAGCUUACGACGCCGCCGCUCGUGAGUUUCGCGGUGCUAAAGCUAAGACUAAUUUCCCUCUUCCAUUUGAAAACUUCAAUAAUGGUAAUAAAAUAAAUAGCAAGAGUCCAAGCCAAGUUAGUACCGUGGAAUCGUCGAGCCGUGAACCGACGCUCGUGAUCGAAUCUUCACCGUUGGAUCUCAAUCUUGGACGCGGGACGAGUACCGGAUUCGGAUCUCCCGCCUUUAGGUUUCCUUCCCAGAAAGUUUCGCCUGUGUCCGGCAUUUUUACCGCCGGUGGCGGCGUACCAGUCGUCGCAAGCAAUCAGGUUUUUUACCUUGAUGCUUUCGUUCGACCUGGUUUAGUGAAAGGACAACAAUAUCAAUGGAUGAGAUUCGAUCAUCAGGAUUUUAAUACGGCGUCGUUCAACGGCGGAGUACAAAGCGACUCCGAUUCAUCAUCCGUCGUCGACGUCAAUCCACGUCCACUUCUUAAUAUUGAUCUCAAUAAACCUGCUCUUCCGGAAAUUGCCUGAUUUUUUUUCUCACCGUGGAUCAUAAUGCCGGAAAAGCACUUUUUUUAACUUCCGUUUUUUAAAUUUAUUUAGUCCAAUUUUUUUUUAAAUUAGACCAAAUGAAAAAAAAAAGAAACUUUUUUUUAUAAUCGUCCGAUCAUGAAAUCAACGGCGGUCGUUAGAUCUGAAAUACUUGGCCGAUAAUCUUCUCUCUUUUUUCCGACGGAGACAUCACUUUCUGUUUAUUUUGUUGUUCUAUAACUAGCGGCUGUUUUUUUUUUCCGAUGAAUUUACAACAACAACAACAAAAAGAAAUUCCUUCAAGCAUUUAUUUAUUUUUUUCUAAUUUUUUAUUAUUAA